UGUAUUGCUUUCGAGUUGUGCAAUCAAAACAACUGAGAGAUAGCUUUAUGCUAGUCACAAACUCUUUCUAGGUGAUCUGUCCAAUUACUUCUGCUUUUGUACCCAGUUGUUAUAAAAGGAAGAGAAUUAAUCUCAAUAUUGAAACAAGAACUAAACCUGAGUUUAUGAGUCUCAAUUAUGCAAUCUGUGCAUCUCUGAGUCUGAGCUUCGAUACGAGUAGGAAUAAUCCUUGGAAGAUUGCUUCUUAAAAUACUGGACUUAUCAAAGGAAACAGGAGAGAUUCCUUUAUUCAAGAUAUCUCAAAGAGAUACCGUUUCCUAA